CGGGGCUUCGUUUUUGGCUGAGCCUUUAAUACCGUUGAACAGAAUCAGGACAUCUCCUCGAUUCUAUAUAGAGAUCUGGUUUACACAGAGAACCAUGGUGCCAGCAGAAGAUGGGUUCACCAAAUCAAGGGACACUCUUCCUCUUCCACAGGACCAGACUCAUUCAACAGAACGAGGACAGUCACGGUUCAAACAGAGACAGCAAGCGUCUCCUGUCCAUGCUCGCAAAUUGGGGAUGACCAGGAGGUUGAAAGACAAGAAGGGUUUCAAGGAUGAUGAGAGCCCAGAGGAAAGAGAGAAAAGACACAAAGAACAGGAGUUAAAACCCUUGUAUAAAGAAUUGCUGUACACCAUCAUCCACAGACUAGGCAAACCAGUUAUCAAGGAGGUGUUUGACAGCAGUCAGCUCUAUCAGUUCAUUAGGGAGGCUUUCUCCCUGACAGAGGAAGAACACUUGAACUUGUUGGACAAAGUGCAGGCCAUGGAGUCUCCAGUGUACUGUCUGAUGGUCACUGUGAAGGAAGCCAAGGGGAUUCUGGGAAAAGACAUCAGUGGCUUCAGUGACCCAUACUGCCUGCUUACCAUCAUGCAUGAGAAAAAGGAUAGCACCAAGAGCAUUUCACAACUGAAACCCAGGAAAGCAGUGGUGAAAGAUGCGGUGCCAGCUGAAGAGAUCUACCAGACUGAUGUCAAGAAGCAGACUCUCAACCCCAUUUGGAACCAAACUUUCAUACUGGAAUUUGAGGAGCCUAAACAUGCCAACUUCCAUAUGGAAAUGUGGGAUAAGGAUGAGGAUGUGUCGCUGGGACAGAAGCUUGAGGAGAUCAGAACCAACUUUCAGGGAAUUAGGAGGAUGAUCAAAGAUGCAAAGAAGGAGAAGGGCCAGGAUGAUUUCCUGGGAAAUGUUGUGCUCAGGCUGCAGGACCUGCAUUGUACAGAGGACUGUUGGUACACUCUAGAGCCUCGGACAGAAACCUACCCUGACAGAGGAAAAUGUCAUCUGCAGCUAAAGUUCAUCCACAAAGAGAGAGAUGGGACACUUAGCGCUGGCCGAAAUGCUUAUGUCAACUACUGUGGGAUCCUGCAGCAGUUUGUCCAGGCCCACAUCUCCAAGCAGCAGGGUAAUGGAACCUGGAAGGGGGAGCUUAGUGGGGAGGGACAGACUCUACUGGAGCUGUAUGCUACUCAAAAUGACCUUUCUCCCUUCCUGCAAGACCUGGCGAAGUGGGUGGUUUAUAGUAAACUGUACCAGAGUUUGGAGCUGGACUCCACUGUACUGUUCCAGCAGCUCACGAGUAUUGAGUACCACUGGGACCAGCAGGAGCUCCCCUAUCAGCAGAAACAGGAACUGGGGGACUCGCUGCAUGGCUUCCUACAAUACGGCUUGUGUCUGGUGUCCAAAUACAGAGACAUCUUCCCCCCAACUCCCCGUGCUACCCCACGUCUGCACACACUGCUCAGGGUUCUGGUCCAGAUUUGCAAGACGAGGGCAUUUCAGAAGCUGAAUCCAGCCCAAUUUGACCUGCAUGUGGAGGUCACUGAUGCUGUGGCGGUGGGCACGCAGGAGUGGUUCAACAUUAAAAAGGGCCUGCACCAGCCUAUGAAGAAGGAUAUGCCAGAUACAGUGGGUGCCCUUUCCACUCUAAUACAGGAGGUGCAAGAGGACAUACGGCUUAGCAAGGAUGUAUGGAACAAGGUGUUUGUCAGUGCUGUGCAACUGGAUGUGUUCACGGUAGUCUACUAUGAGUUCGACUCUCUGGUGGCAGCGGAGGUGAGGGGCACCCUGGGCCAGUUGGAGAACCAGAUGGACCAGGCACCGGCGAACAGCCUGUUCCCUCUGUACCUCAGUCUGCAGGCCAUUCACAAGGAAAAGGCUUUCCUGCAAAAGAGGGGGAAGAUACUGGAGCUGACAGGCAUCCAUGAGUGUUUCCGUGAGGCUCUUCCCUACUGGCUGAACAAGGCCUAUAACACCACCUUGGAGAGGGUGCAGAGGGCAGUGCAGGUGGACCAGCUGCAGCCCCUGCUGGAUGACACAGUACCCAUCAAGCACAGCUCGUCUGCAGUGGACCUGGUUGCCUGCCUGCAGCCCAUCUGCCAGCUGUGGGAACAGCUGAGCUGGCCUGACCCUGAGGAGGGGUUCAUGCUCAUGGUCAAACUCACAGAGGACAUUUGUAAGAUUGCAGUGACAUACUGCCAAUUGCUGAAGCAACGGGUGCAGACGCUGUCUGAAAAUUCAGAUCCUGGCACUGCUGUGAACAUGCUGUGUGUGGUGGUUAAUGAUCUGGAACACCUUCGCUCCGUGCUGACCAAACUGCCGCAGCAGCUGAAAUGGGCGGGGCUGCGUGAGAGCACGCGUGAUGUAAUCGGAGAGGUCCAGUUCCACAACACUUUACCCUCUCAACUCCUGCACACGCAGGGCGUCCUGACCCGGGAGAUCCGUUCGGCUUUGGAGACCCUGGGAAAGAAGCUGCGUGCAGACAUUGAGAAGUAUGUGCUGAACAUGGCCACUCGACGGAGGUUCUCCAGCAGGUCCACUGAGGACGCGGUGGUUCCUUUAAUGCGGUAUCUGGAGAAAGAGCUGAAGUACAUGAAUGAGAACCUGGUCCAGGAGAAUUUCAACAGUCUAUUGGCUCCACUGUGGACUAACUCUGUGCAGAUCCUGAAUCAAGUGUCACAGCAGCAGAGCGGGGUGAUGGAGUUCUACCAGAGACUGCACUACACACUGCAGUGCUUGGAGCAGUGCUUUCAUGCUGAAGGGAAUGGCCUGCCACUGGAAACCCUCCACACCGAUGAGUAUAAGAAGCUGAAAGCUAACUUGACCCAAAACUCCCUGAGCAGCCAGCAGCUGAUUGAGAAGUUCCUGGAGAGAAAGGUGUGGGAGCAGAAGGUGCACAGUGGAGAGAAGUAUGGGGCAGUCACCCUGAUCAGCUCCUACAACAGGUCAGACCAGCGGCUGCACAUUGAAGUCCUCAACGCUGUCAACCUUCUGCCCAUGGACUCCAAUGGCUUGAGUGACCCGUUUGUCCAGCUCUCGUUGGAGCCACGGCACCUGUUCCCUGAGGUGGAACCCCGCAGCACACAGAUCAAGAAAUGCGACCUCAACCCACUUUUCGAGGAGUCCUUUGAAUUCUUGGUGUCAGUGGAGCAGUGCCACGCCGCGGGAGCGUCCCUCGUGGUGACGGUGCUGGAUUAUGACACACUCCGCAGCGAUGACUUUGAGGGCGAGGCCUUCCUGUCCCUGAGAGCCGUGCCGGGGGUCGGCAGCAAAGGAUCUCAGGACCAACAGCAGGCCGUCUCCUCAGCUCAGAUCCGGCUGCCACUCAUGCAUCCUAAGCCCAAUGAGGAUGGCAUCCUGAAGCUUCUGGAGGCCAGGAGAGACGACCGGGAGGCACAGGCCUUCGUCAAGAUGCGCAGACAGAAAGAGAAGAUGUCUCAAGAGGUGUGACUGAGGCAAGAUGAAGGCAGGACAAACACUUCAAAUCAGGGCAUUGUUCGUUGCUACUGCCUCCUUUCAACACACGGGAAAAAAACACCAGCAAUGCACAGUGCCUUCAUUUCCGAUCACCAUGGAAACAGACAUUGUCCUGGUACCCACGACUGUCAAGUGGUGUGCUGUGCCAGGCUUGUGUGGUUGCAGUGGUCAUGUGACUCCCCACCAGUACUGCCGGCUGUAAACCACAGGGACAACGCA